GUGGGUGGCGGCGGUGUACCUGAUCAUAUAUCAAAUGUAAUCUCCUCCGCCCCUGUCUUGUCAUUCCUGCAAAAUUCACACACUCGUUCUUUUUUUUGCGUUACUAUAGACAUAGACGUCUCCUUCCGUCGCAGCGUUCCUAGACUUGUCUUCCAGCGACUCAUCAUUGCCACUAGACAAUAUAGACUCCUCAAGCAAUCAGCUCCUCCUUGCGCCUGCACAACCUCACCGAUUCGAAAAAAAAUUCCAUCAUGUCUCACUUCACCCUGACCACCUUUGUCGCGACGACAGCCACCGCAUUGGCACCUUUCGUCAUUGCCUACAAUCUACCUCAGCAAAAGACACAAUUGUCUACUCUGUCUUCCCUGCCCAAGCCUCGCCCUAUCGCCACCUUGCGAGGCGCUCAACAGCAACAACAUCAGAACAACAGCAGCGAUUUCAGUCUCAUCUGAGUAUCCACAACGGACUAUAUGAUACCAAACCUCAGAAUCGAUAGAGCUGAGCGACUUUUAUGCUUGGAGCGUGUUUCUCGGCGUUAGCCUCCAUGGGGAGGCACUGAUUCCAAGGGGGGAUUCAGAUAGACGAUGGCUUUGCGCCAACCACUAGACGUACCACCUCAUGAUGUUCUUAUUUACUUCCAGUGGACCAAGGGAUGAGGGUUGACUGAGCCCUGGCUACACUGUACCCAACGUACUCGGCGACAAGUUAUUUUGACAGUAGUCAUCAGACAGGUUGUCAAUAGCAGUCAGGGCACAACUGAAACGAAUGGAAUGCAAUGAGCCAUGCAAUAAUCUGUGACGCGCCUUCUUUGCCUGUCACGCCUGUGUACCACCUCUGUAGUCUGACCUAUCCAAAUGUCGCGCACAUGUCCUGUUGGCUGCAUGUUGCGCGAUAUUCCACCAUCAGUGAGAUCCAGUCUGAUUCCAACAAGAAGCCAAAGUCCAAUGUUCUCGGUCCUGGGCACUGGAUAUCUUUUUCUAGCGGAGAGCCAGAAAGUAUACAGGGGUUGCUGACAUAAUCUUCAGAGUUGCAAGGGUGGCGAGGCUCGGCGCAUUCCUCAACGUCAAAGUGCGCUUCCGUGAGAGAUUUUCCGCGCCGUUCUUGGCAUCCAAUAUGCUGGGUACUUUUUUUCCCCAGUGACUCAAUCUGGUCAGAUACAAACGGCAAAGAAUAUACCUACCUAUCUUGAGAUCAGCUUUCUCCCACCAAAAUUUUCACGUCUCCUGCUAAAGCCAUCAAAUCAGGUGCGGUCGUAUACAGAUUCUCAGCUUGCAGUUAAGCGCGUCGGGCAGAGUCAUCGCAAUGGCAACAAGCCGCCCACAUGGGAAAAAGAAUGUUGCUGUUCUAGGUGCAACAGGCUCCGUGGGACAGCGUUUCAUCCUGCUUCUCGCAGACCACCCAACACUUCAUCUACAAGCCGUGGGAGCAUCCUCCAGAUCGGCGGGCAAACUAUACAAAGAUGCCGUCCGAUGGAAGCAAGCAAAGCCUAUGUCGUCAGCCUUGGCCAAUCUCGAAGUUCGAGAAUGCAAGGCAGCCAAUUUCCCCGAUGUUGAUUUGGUCUUUUCUGGCCUGGACAGCGAUGUGGCUGGAGAUGUUGAGAUGGAAUUUCUCAAAGCCGAGAUCCCCGUCUUUUCAAAUGCCAAAAACUACAGAAGAGACCCCGUUGUCCCGCUGGUUGUCCCCACCGUGAAUCUGUCACAUCUGGGACUCAUCCCACAUCAACGAAAGCAUUUCGGUCUCAAAAAGGGCUUCCUGGUCUGCAAUUCCAACUGUGCCGUUAUCGGAAUCGUCAUCCCAUUCGCUGCCCUGCAAGCCAAGUUCGGCCCCGUCGAGGAUGUCGAAGUCUUCACAGAGCAAGCCGUAUCGGGAGCAGGUUAUCCAGGUGUCCCCACCAUGGACAUCAUGGAUAAUGUCAUCCCCUACAUUGCGGGAGAGGAAGAUAAGCUCGAGACAGAGGCCCAAAAGAUUCUGGGUUCCAUCAGCUCUGAUCUGACCUCGUUCGAGGAGCAGCAAGGCUUGACAGUGGGUGCUACGUGCACGAGGGUGGGGGUCACUGAUGGACAUAUGGCAUUUGUGUCAUUACGUUUCAAACAAAGACCACCUCCAAGCGCAGAACAGGUCAAACAGGCCAUGAGGGACUAUGUCGCAGAGGCUCAGAAGAUUGGAUGUCCUUCAGCUCCAGAAAAGGCCAUUGUCGUCUUUGAUGAGCCUGACAGACCUCAACCCCGCCUUGACAGGGAUAUCUCGGGCGGUUAUGCGGUCAGUGUCGGCCGAGUACGUGAGGCGGCCAAGGGAUCCCAUUUUGACAUCAGGUUCGCGGCCUUGAGUCACAACACCGUCAUUGGAGCUGCUGGAUCUUCAAUCUUGAAUGCCGAAGCAGCCAUCAUCCAAGGCUUGAUUUAAACGAGCUGCGCCGCAAGGCUUGAGCAGCAUUUGCACUACUGCAGUGAUCCAGAAGAGAUAUCAUGCACAUAUGAAGCUAAGAACGAGUUGAAAGAAUGAGACGCCCUGAUAUAGACCUCCAAUUCUUCCCAGUAGCUUAGGUAAUCGAGCAUCCAAGCCU